CCGCCCCGGGCCAUGGCUCAGCCCUUGUCCCGGCCCCUUGUCCUAUCCCGUUCUGGGUCUUGGCCCCCGACCCCGCCCUCGCCCCGCUUCCCAAAUCGGUUCCAGUUCCCGCCUGGGUCCCAGCGAAUGCCCAGAUCCAGGUUCCAGCUCAGGCGCCCCCUCCAGUCCCUGACCUGGGCCCCAUCCCAGCCCCUGGCCCUGUUUCACCUCUUUCCCCAAAUGCCAGCCCGGCCCCUGUGCCAACCCCAUUCUCAAAAUUUGCUUAAGCCCGGGUCCCAACGCCUGCCCUUUUUCCAGUCCCCAUCACAGCCCCUCCUUCCAUCACACCCCCUACCCUUGCAUAAGUCCCUGUGUCCAGCCCAGCCCAACUCUUUAUCCCCGUCUGUGCCCUCAUCUCUGUGUUUACCCAAGUCUCUCCCACUGCCCACCUCUCACUCUCAUACCCCGCCCCUCUACCAGCCUCGACUCAGGUCUGGGCUCCAGCUGCCGUCAGCCUUACUGCUGCUGUUGCUGUUGUCUGUCCUUGGCCCAGGGGCUGGAGGCCUCUUCCUGACUGACUACUCCACCUGCUCACCCCGCAAGCUGAGUCCCUUCCGCUCCUUUGCCAGCACCGAGCUCUUCCACUUCCAUGUGCCUGAAGACACGUUCCUGGCUGUGUGGAAUCUCAUCAUCUUCAAAGAGCAGGGAGGGACCUUUGGGGACCACUGCCCAGACCAAAGUGUGACCGUGUAUUUCCGGUCUGGGGCACCCCCUGUCAUCAAUCCCCUGCACACACACUUCCCAGGGGACACAGCUGUGCCUGGGGUUUUCUCACUGACUCUCAGCUGGACACUGCCCAACCGCACCUCCGGCAUCUUUAACGUCAGCAGCCCCUUACCUGGGGACUGGUUCUUGGCUGCCCACCUUCCCCAGGCCCAUGGCCACAUCUCUGUCAAGGGUCUCCAGGAUGAGUGUCAGUACCUCCUCCAGCCGCAGCUGAUUGUUCGGCGUCUGCUGGACGUGGCCGUGCUGGUACCUGGGAGACCCUCUGAGCAGACCCUCUCUGCCCACAAUCGCUCAGCCCUGUACAAGGUCUUCGUGCCCAGCUUCACUUACAGGGUUUCAGCACAGCUGGUGUGUGUGGGGGGCCGUGGGGCAUCCGCCUGCCCCCUGACACUGCGCCUACGUCCCAAGGCCCCACCCCUGCACAACUCAAGCUCUGUGGCCUGUGGAGGAGCCUCGGUAUGCCAGCUGGAGCUGGCACUGCCCCCCUGGGGGCACUGGGUCUACGUGCGCGUGGAGACACCAUCCCGGGGCCCCGGCAGGACCGUCCGCUUCCAGCUGUGCGUGUGGCUGCAAGAGUGCCCACAGCCCAGCCUAUCCCGUGCCCUGGUCCCUGGAGCUGCUAUGAACAUGCCCCAGUCACUGGGCAACCAGCCGCUGCCCCCAGAGCCACCAUCCCUCAGGACCCCUGCCGAGGGGCCUGGGGCCACAUCCCCACCUGAGCACUGCUGGCCGGUACGCCCGACGCUGCGCAAUGAACUGGACACCUUCUCCGUCCACUUCUACAUCUUCUUUGGCCCCAGCGUGGCCCUCCCUCCCGAGCGCCCGGCCGUGUUUGCCCUGAGGCUGCUGCCAGUGCUGGACAGCGGAGGUGUGCUCAGCCUGGAGCUCCAGCUCAACGCGAGCUCCCUGCACCAGGAAAAUGUGACAGUGUUUGGAUGCCUGACUCAUGAGGUGCCCUUGAGCCUGGGGGAUGCCGCAGUGACCUGUUCCAAAGAGUCCCUGGCCGGCUUCCUGCUCACGGUCAGUGCCUCCUCCAGAGUGGCCAGGCUGAGAAUCCCGUUUCCGCAGACGGGGACCUGGUUCCUGACCUUGCGCUCCCUGUGUGGGGUGGGGCCUCGGUUCGUGCGAUGCCUAAACGCGACCGCGGAGGUGCGGCUGCGAACUUUCCUGUCCCCGUGUGUAGAUGACUGCGGGCCCUAUGGCCAGUGCAAGCUGCUGCGCACGCACAACUACCUGUACGCGGCCUGCGAGUGCAAGGCCGGAUGGAGGGGCUGGGGCUGCACGGACAGUGCGGACGCGCUCACCUACGGGUUCCAGCUGCUGUCCACACUACUGCUCUGCCUGAGCAACCUCAUGUUUUUGCCACCCGUGGUCCUGGCCAUUCGGAGCCGAUAUGUGCUGGAAGCGGCUGUCUACACCUUCACCAUGUUCUUCUCCACGUUCUACCAUGCCUGUGACCAGCCUGGCAUUGUGGUUUUCUGCAUCAUGGACUAUGAUGUGCUGCAGUUCUGUGACUUCCUGGGCUCCUUAAUGUCCGUGUGGGUCACUGUCAUUGCCAUGGCUCGCUUACAGCCUGUGGUCAAGCAGGUGCUAUACUUGCUGGGGGCGAUGCUGCUGUCCAUGGCUCUGCAGCUUGACCGGCAUGGACUCUGGAACCUGCUUGGACCGAGUCUCUUUGCUCUGGGGAUCUUGGCCACAGCCUGGACAGUACGCAGCGUCCGCCGCCGGCACUGCUACCCGCCCACAUGGCGCCGCUGGCUCUUCUGUCUGUGCCCGGGCAGCCUCAUCGCAGGCAGUGCCAUCCUGCUGUAUGCUUUUGUGGAGACCCGAGACAACUACUUCUACAUUCACAGCAUCUGGCACAUGCUCAUCGCUGGCAGUGUGGGCUUCCUGCUGCCCCCUCGUGCCAAGACUGACCACCGGGUCCCCUCCGGAGCCCGGGCUCGGGGCUGCGGGUACCAGCUGUGCAUCAAUGAGCAGGAGGAGCUGGGCCUUGUGGGCCCGGGAGGGGCCACUGUCAGCAGCAUCUGUGCCAGCUGAGAGGGGCUUAGGGCCGGCCCUGGGAGAACUGGAACCCUUCCUCAGGGCACAGAGCCCUUCCUGGGGUUCCUCCUGGGAGCAUGGAGCCCUCUCAGGGCUAAGAGACAAGUUGUGUUUCUUGAGGACAUGGAGUCUUUCUUAAGGACAUGGAACUCGUCUGCGGACCUGGCAACUUCCUGAGGGCCAGGAGACCUCCAGCAUCUUCAGGACUGGAGCCUGUGCAGGGCCACCAAGCACCCUCAGGACUGAGGGGUCCUGCCCAGGGUGUGGAACCUGCUGAGGACAUGGAGACAGAGCCCUAACAGGACACAGCUUUGUCCCUAAGGAGAUGGAAUCCAUCUUGGGGAAGCUGAGUCCCCUGUCUCCCAGCAGCUCAGCCUCUUUGGCCUUGGCUUCCUUCCCGGGGGCAGUGUCAGGGCCGUGCUGCACUGCGAGGGGGUGCAGGACAGGCAGGGUGGGGACUGGGCUGGGGGCGCUAGUACCCUGGCGUGAUACAGGUGGAGUCUGGUGUGUCUCCAAUGAAGAAUUUCCUGGUUCUGUGCUGCCCUUUUUCCCAUGGGCAAGGGUGUGGGGAAGAGGAGGGAGAGAUGGACCCUGAGGAGAGGGGCAUGGGUGACACGGCCCAGCUGGCAUGAGCUGCUGGAGCAGCUUCCUGAGGCUUUUGCCCUAUUGGGUCAGGCUGCAGCAGCUUGGAGUACAGAGUUGUGAGUGUGUGUGUGUACUUGAUGAGAUGAUGCAAAUCAGUGAAACAGACCUCCUUUGUGGUGCCCACACCCAACAGGGAAGGAAGCUGAGGGCUCAGGAGAUGGGAUGAGCUGGUACGAAUCUCAGAUGUGCAAGAUAUAUCACAAGAUUGUAGCUCCUUUUUCAACCCCCAUUUUGCCCCUGUGCCAGAAACAUAAUCUUUUGUCAUUUUGGAUAUUCUUCUCUUUCCACAAAGGUCACAGCCAAGUCCCAAGGGUUUUGUAUAAUGCUGAGAUGUGGAAAGGGUGUCCUCUCUGGUCAGAAGUGUCCAUAUCCCAUACAUCCCCUGAGAUUUCAUCCCCCAUCUGAUCCCCAGCCAGUAAAGUUUUCAGAACACUA